AAUAACGCAGGACACCCAGCGGUCACAUUGGAUAUGGCUAGUUCAUGCAGCCUGUAGUUUACUGGACUGAGUAACAUGCAGUCAUGUGUUCUAACGCACUGGGACAGCUCGCCUGCAGACUCUUCACUAAGGCCAGGUUACAGUGGCCUUGUGCGAGGAAGCAGCACAGACUCUUAAACCCGCGGCUGCUUGUCCAGAAUGGGCGUAUGGUCUCCCACAGCACUGUGGACCCAGCUGAAGUGAGAAAGUUCCAGGCUCUAGCCAGCAGGUGGUGGGAUGAGCAGGGCGAGUUUGGGGCGCUGCACGCCAUGAAUGAGCUAAGGGUGCCCUUUAUACGGGAUAACCUGUUGAAUGUACACAGUGUGCAGCAGAUGGGCAGACCAUUGUCUGGACUCAGGAUUCUGGACGUUGGCUGUGGCGGUGGCCUGCUGACUGAGCCCCUAGCCCGGCUGGGUGCAGAUGUGUUGGGGAUCGAUCCGGUGCAGGACAGUGUGCGGAUUGCAGAGCUGCACCUGUCACAUGACCCGGCGCUAAGGGGGCGUGUACAAUACAGAGCCUGCAGCCUAGAGGAGCUGAUUGAGGAAGAGGAGGAGGUGAAAGAGGGCUUCCAUGCUCUUCUCGCUUCAGAAGUGAUGGAGCACCUGGCCGAUCUAAACACCUUCAUAGACUCCUGCCACCAUGUACUAAAGCCUGGCGGCUCUCUCUUCAUCACCACCAUAAAUCGGACCCAGCUGUCCUACAUCCUGGGAAUAAUUUUUGCUGAGCAGAUUCUACGCUUUGUACCUAGAGGAACUCAUGACUGGGAGAAGUUUAUCAGCCCUGUGGAGCUGGAGACGUUGGUGGAAUCCACUGGUUUCAGUGUGCAGUGUAUCCGUGGCAUGCUGUAUAAUCCUGUUUCCGGCACAUGGAGUUGGCAGCAGAGCACGGCUGUCAACUAUGCUCUACAUGCCCUCAAACGGAUGGAGGACCCACAGCCGCACCGAGUCCAGACAGAGGGUGAAAAUGUGGAUGAAGCUGCACAUGCUGCCGGCCAGUAGGAAGCCAGAAUGGCAAUGCAAGCUCAGGAUUCAGACUGCUGAAAAAAUCUAAUUUACGCAGUUUUCCUUCUUACCCCAAACAGACAGUCAGUCCGACAAGACGUUUAGUGUCUGAAGCUUGCUUCUUUAGUUUUGCACUAGAACGAUGAGGCUGAUGUGGCUAACAGAUGCUAGAAACAUUUAACCCAUUAAUUUAGUAUCAAAUCAUCGCACACUUUCCUCAAACCAUGUGUCUCAAUCUCAAAUAGGCUUGGAAAAAAGUACAUUGCACAGAUAAAAACAGUAGAAGCACCCUCAAUUUUGUCCAAACUUUUUUGUUAAACUAAAGGAGAUUUUGGAUAUGAAGCAUAUUUUAGCUGAUCCACUACAUUUGAGGGGGGAAAUUAAGUAAAUUAGAUUUUUUGCCAGAAUGUCACUUUAAGAUACAGAGAUACAUACGUACACAUGCAUUAUGCAUAGUUGCCAUGAAGGUUCAUGUUGUGUCUGCUUGUAUUGUUUUCAUCACUCCAGUUUUCAAGUCUGAAGGUUAUGUUGAGAAGUGAUAGUACACUGAAAUUAUCUGUUAAACACAGUAUCCUCCUAUAAAUCCAUAUUUAAACAUGCACACACAGCUUCCUGCUGGCAGUAAUAACAUGUUAAAGGAAAUUAAGCAUUUCUUCUCAUAUUCUGUAUGAUAAUCUGUUAAUAAUGUCUUUUUGUAGUUUGCAAAUGGUUGCAAUAAAAAAUUUCUGAAUUAUAUGACUCAAAAA